AUGGUCCUGGACUAUAGCAAAUGGGAUGCUCUCGAGCUUUCGGACGAUUCAGAUAUAGAGGUCCAUCCCAAUGUUGACAAGCAGUCCUUUAUCCGUGCAAAGCAGAACCAAAUCCACCAGCAACGACAGCAACGCCGCCACGAAAUCGCGACUCUAGGAUACGAGAGAAUUAUAAACGACGGAUUAUUGAAGCGAAUCGAUGGCCUCCUGAACGUUCUUAAGAAGCAUGGCAGCGACUCCAGGAACCCCGAAGAGCUGGUUUUCCAGGCUCUGAUCGAGUCCGCUGGUGACCCAAAGGAGGACCAGCCACCAGCCCCGCCCGAGAAUGUCCAUACGCGCGAGGCUCAGCCCAAAUAUUCUCAGAUGAUGGGAUCGCUAGUGGAUCAGGUCAAGAAGGAGAUAGAUGGGUCGAAGCCGGAAGAUCGAUACCAAGCGUUUAUCACCGGAGUGGAGGGCCAUAAGAACAAGGUGCUUAGCUUGCAACAGGAGCUCCUCGAGAAGCUCGCCGAGCUGGAGAAGGAAGAAGGACGAAAGAUCACCAGUGACAGUAUACACACUGGUUUUGACAGCUCCUUUGUGUCAGCAUCCAAGGCCAAGCCCGAGCCCAAGAAGACCAAGGAGUCGUCAGUUGAGCUUCUGAACCCUGGAAGUGCAGAUAACAUGGAGGCCGUGUCCUCGGGUGCGGAAGCUGAUAUUGAAGAUGGCGAAGGGGAUGAAGAGAAUAUAACGGUCAAACCUAUGACGAAACGAUUUGCGAAGCUUAAAACUGGCGACUACCGUGAAUUGUUCGCCUUCAUCACCGAUCAUCCUGAUAUAAUGACUGAGAAGAAGACGGAUGAGCUGUUGAUGGAAGCCUUUAAUGCCCAGAUAGCCGGUGAUGAAGCAUAUGCUCGCCAGUGUGUUCAUCACGGGCUCCUCUUGCAAUACUGCCGUUCUCUAGGCAAAGACGGCGUUGCUCUCUUUUUCAAACGUAUCACUACGAAGGAUCACCGUGCUGGUGUCAUGUUCCGUGACGAUGUUAAUGAUACGUAUAAUCGUAUCAAGAUCCGUGCAAAGGAGCUUGCCAAAUCGUCCAACGAGGGCCCGUCAGAGGUUGAACAAAUCCAACUUCACGCGGUUGACCCGUCGACUCAGCUCAACAUCUCCAUCCCCCCUGCCGACAGCCAGGAUGCAGCCCAUAUUGCUGCUCGUGAAAUCUUCGACCGCUUCCCACCAGGCCUUCAGAAAGCUUUGGAGUCUGAAAGCCUGGAUGAGGUGAACAAGGUGCUGGGCAAGAUGAGUGUAGAAGAGGCAGAGGAUGUUGUUGAAAAGCUUGGGGAAAGUGGUAUUUUGACAGUCGAACAAGGAAUCGUCGAUGCAACUACUGAAGAGGGCAAACAGUGGUUGGAGGAGCUAGAGGCAGAGGGUAAAGCAGCAGGAAAGGCCGCUGAGCCGGAAAAGAAAGAAGAAAUCGGCGACCCUGAGUGA